AUGAGCAGGCAACGCAGUGAAGCUAAUGUGACGACGCCAUCAGUCUCCGGCAGCGACAGCUUCUCCUCGCGCGCGCCGAUCUCCUCCCGCGCCGACGCGAAGUACAGCACCUUGAUCUCCAUUCUUGAAGUGUCAAUUGUGUGUAGCAUUGUGUUCGCCACAUCAAAGUGGAUCCAACGUAUCUUGAAGAGCUGUGCAUGGCCGUCAAUUGAGGCGCUUGCAGAGAUGAAGGUGGACGGAGCUUCAGCCGGGCGGAAGCCGUGGCGCUACUACUACGUGAUGGUGUUCCAGCUUAGCGGCAACAGCGUCGCGCCAGACAAGCUCCAAGAGAUGACGGAGAUGACGGCAGCUAUCGAGCAGAGAGAGGAAAAAUAUCUGCGCAAAGUGGCGGCGAGGAAUGCAGCACACGCAGCAGCUAUGGAGGCGGAGCGAAAAGCACAAGAAGAGAAGAAACCGACGAUGAUUUCGCAUGUGGCGUGUGUUCUACGCAGACUGUUCUUGCUAUCAAUAAUAUUGCUGCUAUUGACGGCGGCAGUGGGGUGUGCACUCUAUUGGAAAUACGACGAACACGAUCGAGUAUCCCAGAAACUGGUAAACGUUGUAAUAGUCUCGAUGCUGCUGCUACUUUUGAAGGAUAUUGGUGGCUGGGUGGUUGCUCACAAACGCAGCGUUAAUGGUGCACGCGUGCUGUUUGUGGUGGGUUUUGCACUCAUUAUUGCUCUGGCUUUGCUCCUAGACGAGAUAGUUAUCGUCCGAAGGAGCCACAGUAAGUUACGAGAAGCGCUGGCUCGGAGUGAAGACUCGCUCUCGCAGGACAUGAUCGAGGUGAUACUCAAUGGAGGGGCAAUACCGUCGCUCGUACAGCGAUUCGUGUUCGACGCUCCCAGUGUGUUUCUCCAGUGGAUCAGUGUACAUUGUUCGUCAGCGAAGCUUGAAUACACGUCCGUCGCUAUUGACAGACGUGAAUUUUUCUCUCCUCUCUGGGAUGAUACGGAGAAAGCGUGUGUCAAUGAUAUCCUAAGAAUCUGCGUGCAAGUUGAUGAGGCUAUUGAGUCAAUAAUUAUUGGCGAACUCGUGAUGAUUUCACUACAGGUUCUGCUCACGGGUAUGUUUCUGAUUGUGUACGGCCCUGUUGUAUCCGACAAAUCCAAGCGAAGAAGAAAGCUUUCGUCACCCAAAGUAAACGCAUCAUCUUUCUCCGAUCUAUUCACGGCACUUACACGUUUGCUGGUGUUUGGGGCUGCAUCGUUCGGUGUUUUGAAUACAGCAGCGAGUACUGAUCUUCUCCACUUUUGCUCUAUUGCAGACUUUCACUCUCUCUUCGCGUGGGUAAUGGUGAUUUGUCUACUGUCGGGGAUAUCGGCGAUGCUUGCAGCACUCUUUAUUGGGUGUGGGUGGAAACAACAAGUAGCAGGAGUACUGCUUGUUAUUGCUGUAUGCUCGGAAGUUUUCAUGCUUGGAGAGUUUUUUAAAUUGGCCGCCAGAUUAAUUGGACCCGACACCAAUCAGACACAGCUACGAGAACUUCGACAAGUAUAUAUAAAGGCGUCAGCGGAAACAUGUUCGUCGAUUGAGCGCUGGAUUUCACACGUAUGCGUGGGUAUGAACUCCAGUGAAGAACCUGCAGAAUUUGAUUUCUCCUGUCAGCAUGAAUUUGUGGCACUGCUAAUGGUGACAUUUAACUUCACGAACUCGUAUCUGUCGUGGUCGAUAGGAGUCAAGUUGGUUCUUCUCGUACAGAUCCUUUUACCUCCUCUUCGCCAAGCAAUCGAGAAUAUGCUGUCUUCUGUCUGUUGUGUAUCUCGCAAUGAACUAACGACAAUGACAGUGAAAACUAUAAUCCAGGAAUCAUCACCCCCUCUGGACUAUGAAGAAGUCCUCGAAGUCUAUCUGAGAUCGUUGAGAGUGAGAGACCCGGAUCGUAUGGCAGCAGAGCGUGAAGCGUUUGAGAAGGAAUGGUCUAGUCGAACAGGGAGAGUUCUAUCAGACGUGCGUACUCCACGCGUUGUGGUUUCUUCAAGUGACUUUAGUGCAAUUGUACGCACUCUCAUGCUACGGCGACUCACUGCAAUCUGCAAAUUAGACGUGAGUCUGAGUGUAUCUGAAGACGGUCAGCUCCUUCUAGUCCGUAUUUCUGCGUCCGACAACCUCCUACUAGCGACCUCGUGCGAGACUGAGUCGUAUCGCUUACAAUUCGCCGAUGCAAUUGACCCUGGAAGGUCUUUCUGGCGCGAUAAGAAGGAGGUGAAUACAGACCAGAAGGUUCUUGAUGCAAAUACUGUCAAGCACAAGUUAAAGAUAUUGCUGGCGGAGAAUGCCAUGUCUCCUAAGGAAGCUGUGUGGUUUCCAGGUGAGUCACUGGCGCGUGUAUCUGCUCGUAUACAUGCUCUCUCGAGAAUAUCCCGUGUUUCGAAGGGGUUGAUUCGUUGUCACAAUUCCGCUCCAGCGUUUGCAAGCUACUCGCCGAACAUCCAACGCCAGUUUAUCUACAAGAAAUAUCCUCACAAACUCGAUAUACCAGAUACAUAUCGCCGUUCUACCGUGUUGCGUACUGUGGAUUGUAUCCGUGUCACGAGACGCAUCAUCGAUGCAGAGUUUGAUACGAACAACGCGAUCGCUAGUGGUUUACUAUCGUCCUUUCACUGUCUCCACAGCUCUAGCAGAUUUGAUUUUAACUCUCGCAGUGCCUUAGCUUCGUCUUGGAUAAACUUUUGGAGUCCUACUCACCUUCCAGGUGAAUUUUAUCCUGAUGAUCAUGCAAUUCUGAACCUCAUCGGUAGAAUUGCUCCCUUUCGACAACCACUACGAGAUGUGAAAGACUAUUUCGGAGAGAAGAUUGGAUUCUACUUUGCAUGGCUUGCAUUCUACGCCAAGAUGAUGAUGAUACCUGCAAUUAUUGCGAUAGUCGCAAUAACCAGCGAAACCAAACAUUCACUGAUGAUUUCGUUGUGGGACUACUAUAUCCCUCCGACUUACAUUCAAGGUGGCAGUACAGAGGUUGGCAAGAUCGAUACCACAAUUCCGUUACCCGAGCUCCUUCUUGGUGUCUUAGUGAUUGUUUGGAGUUUCUCGUUAGCUAAACUAUGGGAACGCAGGAGUGUAUGGUACCAGCUCCAAUGGGAUAUCGCUGCCAAAACCGAUAGUUUUCAACGUUACAAUGCUGAUCAUGGUAUCGAGUACACGCGAUCGUUGUGCUCUUCUGCUCAGCGACAACUUGUGUCGUGGCUGUGUGUUCUGAUUCUGGGAGGUGUCAACUUGUUGGUGACACUCACGGUGCUUCUUAGUCAAGGAUUACUCGUUGAUGUUUGGGGUGAGAAGGUUGCAGUUCUUAGUUCCUGUAUUUGUCAGGCUUUGCUGAUUCAGUGGAAUGGCGCAUGUAUUCCCUAUGUGGCUCCUACUCUCAGCAAAUGGGAGAAUCCUUACUACUCCCGUGAUCAUCAUGGUUAUCAACGUUCUUUUGUGGCCAAACUGUUCGCAUUGCAACUAGUUAACACUUUCAGUGGAUUGAUUUUAUUAAUGCUGAGUGGUGUGGGUGGAUUGGCGCUACCGGUACAGUUCUUGACUCCUCUUAUUCCUCUGUACAUGUCCUACAGCGCUCGUAUUGAAGGUCACGUUGGCGUCUUUAUUCAGAUGGAGACUCUGCUGAUUGCAAUCUUUGCAGUGCAAUUGAGCAUUCGUGUUUUCUUGAUUUUGUCUGCACUUAGACGCUUCCACAUAAUUCAACGUGGAGAUCAGAGAAAAGAACACGAAGAGGAGACGAUGUUGUCCCCCUAUCCAGGUCCCGGCAAGGAUUACGCACAAGUUGUGAUGCAAAUUGGACUGAUAAUUAUGUUCUCGAGUGUUUGCCCAUUGCUACCAAUGCUGGCACUAAUCGAUUGUGCUGUCAAGAUACGGCAAAAUGCGCUGGAGCUUUGCUGUAUACGGCAGCGACCUGAACCAGAGGAAUAUGACGUUGAGCCAGAUCUCUGGGCUUCUUAUAUGCUGCUCAUGGUCAAACUUUCCGUACCGGUAGCACUUUCGCUAGCGCUUUUCACCGUGGAUAAUUUCGCUGACAUCUCAAUUGAGCGUCGAAUUGGCUACUGGCUGAUCGGAGUACUAUGUUUUUGGCUAGGAGCUCAACUCUUGUGGUUCUUGAUACCACGCGAAAGUCGCGCAGUGGAAGAAGCAAGAGCACGUAAUAUUUUUCAAGUUGAACGAUACUUUGGCCACGCUGAAGUCCACGAACAGAAGACGCCGCCAAAAGAUACUAACGAGAAGCGUGUAGAGGACGAAGACAUUAAUCUCCAAGAAGCCACGCCGUCUGUUGAGCAAUCACUGCACCAUUACGAGGAACGCUUGGAGUUGUUGCAUCGAUUGAAUGUGGCGUUGCGUAAACGAGAUGAUAUAGGCGGAACUGUGUCUUUGGCCAACAUGACUGUGUCUACUCCUGACGAUCAGGAAGCGCAGACGUCUGAAGGAAUGAAGGAGAGAACCCAUUCAGUCUCUGCUGAAGAAUUUGUGCCUUUCGAUGAUGAGGAUAAGCCACAGCAUCGAGAUAGCAAGGACAGUGAAGAGAUGAUUGUUGGUUACUUCCGACCAGUUAGGAGUGUGUGGCCUCCACCUGCACAACGUCCAGCACAGCAGGAAGGGAUCGGAGGUGAUGAAGCCCCAGCGAUCGAUAUCAUGGAACCCAGUGAAGAACCUAAGGGCAGCAUCUACAGCGAGCUCCCAGUCGAAGGCGCAACAAUCGGUGAGAAUAUCGAUGAAAGGAUAGCGAGUGCUGCCGAGAGUGGAGGAGAGUCUGCCCCACCAGUGAGCCCAGUGCUGCUUUCUAAAUUGUUCACCCGUAUGCCGACAUUCCCAUCUACGUUCAUGCCGUCUUCAUCGUCCGAAGAAGUUGACGCAGCACUCUUACCGUCUACUUCUCCUUUCGUGUCAGCCUCGCUAACUCAAGCUGAUAUCGAACCGGGAGUGUUUGCACCGACAGAAGCGGAAAUUAUCAACCGAGAGUCCGUAAACGAUGACGACUUGCUUGAAGAGAAGGAAGAUGUAUCGUUAUCCACUACUGAUGCUGCUGUUGAGUCACCUCGACGGAGCUUUUUGUCGCGUAUCCGAAGUCGACAGGUGAAGUCUUCAAUAUCCGAUAGCAACAAGGACAGUCAAGUUGAAGCUGGUGAACGAGCUUUACUCCGUCAGCUUUCGCCUCGAUUGAGUUCCUUGCCUCGCAAGUCAAAACGUUUGAGCUCCAAAGUUAGUGGCAGCGAAGAGAGCAAGAGCGAAAGCUCCAGUGUGCACGAACCACCAGCACCAAAGCGAUUGUCGAAGUUAUUCAAGCGUGCUCAGUCCCCGUCGACUAGAACAACUCCUCCGUCUGAACCACCACCAAUUGUCACUAAUCGUGAGGCCGAAGACACAACAGUCGAUCCUGUGGCACCUCGUCACGACCAAUUCGCCUUCCUAUCCGAUACCCAUGAAGAGCAGAGUUCACUAUCCAUACAACGGAGAACGUCAAGCAGCAACAGGACACGACCCCCAUCACCGCCUCCGGUGUACACUAGAAUUGACCUGUCGGGGCUUGAAGCGGUACGCGAGGCAGCAAAUCGCCACCAAUUCGACUUUUCUGCAGACGAACAAGUGUGGGAGGAAUGA